AUGUCGCCCUCAAACUCCUCCAAAGCGGCGCCCGACCUGCGCAUCCAGGGCGACCGAAUUACUUUGGUCAGGUCACAAGUGAAGGAAGACUCUCGCAGCACUGACGCCGGGAGAGAUGAAAUUCUUUUGAACCACAUGGCACGGUUCCGGACUGAUCCUAUAGGCUUCCUUAGGGAGCUGGGCCUACACUUGGCCGGAACGGAAUGGAGAGGCUAUGAUGAGUAUAUCGGCCAGCGAAUCUUUUACCCCGAAUUCUCGAAAGAGAUCAAGGACAAAGUUAUCGAGUCCCCCUCCCUUCAAGGGAAGAUCUACGAACUUGCCGAUCUGAAGAUUGCCGAUGAGGAAAAGCAGGGUCUUCUCGACCCUGCUGCGCCCGAUUACACGUCAAAGAUGGCCAGCCGUCGAGAAACUCUAGUGCAACAACUCCAUAAAGUUGUCGACAAGAUGCUAGACGGCAUGAUUUGCAAGUUGGAUAGCAAAUAUUUCAUCCGCGGGGCGUACUGGGUAACCUCUGAGCUCACGCUUAGGGCGUAUGGCCAGGGCAUCCGAGUGAACUCGGAGGAAAUUUUGCGCCUGAAGCAAGUUGCCGAAGAGGCUGAAAAGAAGAAGCAAAGCAUUCUCUUUCUUCCCUGCCAUCGCUCCCAUGUUGACUACGUCGCUCUUCAGCUGCUCUGUUAUCGGCUAGGACUGGCGUUGCCAAUUGUUGUCGCUGGCGACAAUCUGAACUUCCCCAUUGUCGGUGGUUUCCUCCAGCGUGCAGGAGCCAUGUACAUCAGACGAUCUUUUGGCGACGAUCAACUCUACAGCACAGUAGUGCAGUCCUACAUCGAUAUCUUGCUUCAGGGCGGAUAUAACCUCGAGUGCUUCAUUGAGGGCGGCAGGUCGCGCACCGGCAAGCUGCUUCCGCCAAAAUUUGGAAUCCUGAGCUACGUUCUCGACAGUCUUCUUUCCGGUCGCAUCGAGGACGUGGUCGUCUGUCCUGUCAGCAUUCAAUACGACAGAGUAAUCGAAACUGAAGGCUAUACGUCAGAGCUGCUAGGUGCGGAAAAGAAGAAAGAAAAUUUGAAAGAUUUCGUCGGCAGCGCAUCGGUGCUGAAGUCAAACUUUGGCAGUGUGGAUGUCAGAUUCAAGGAGCCGUGGAGCCUUCGGAGCUUUGUCGAAGGCCAGCUUGCUCAGCUUGCUCUGUUUCCUUCUCGUUUCAACGUUGACUGGGAGGAUGAAAGAAACAAUCACAUUCGACAAGCACUUCUGCGAACUUUGGGAUAUCGGGUCCUGAACGACAUCAACUCUGUCUCCGUUAUCAUGCCCACAGCACUGAUCGGGACUGUGCUUUUAACGAUGAGAGGCCGGGGCAUCGGAAUGUCAGAGCUGGUUCGUCGUGUCAAUUGGCUCUCGGAAAGAAUCAGGGCCAAUGGUGGGCGAGUUGCUCAUUUUGGCGAUGCGCCCACCGCCGAAGUGAUUGCCCGUGGACUCAGUGUCCUGGGCAAAAAACUCGUUCAUGAGGCCGAUGCGGUGACCGAGCGGACGUUUAAGCCAGCAGACAAAUUGGAACUGGCGUAUUAUCGAAAUAUGACAAUCCACCUCUUCAUACCGGAGGCUCUGGUAUGCGCCGCUCUGUACACCCAGGUCAAGCAGGGGGGAGGCCCUGCAAUUCAAGACAUGAUGUACCAGACUUUGUAUGACCAGGUUCAAUUCUUGUCUUCUCUUCUCCGUGGAGAGUUCAUUUACGCCAGCAAAGGAUUGGAGAAGAAUCUCCAGAACACGCUCGAGCGGCUCGAGAGAGAUCAGGUGAUUUACAUCCAGAGAGACGAUGAGGGAAAGUUUGUGAAGGUUGGUCUUCAUCCCGCCGAGCGGAAAGCCGGUCGGGAGAACUUUGACUUUUACUGUUUCUUGGUUUGGCCGUUCAUUGAUUCGUACUGGGCAGCGGCUGUUUCUAUCAUGGGUCUUACCCCACCUAUUGGGUACAAGGACAAUGAUAUUUGGAUUCAGCUCUCCAAGGCACAGAAAAGCGCCCAACAGCUGGCGAAGGUUCUGUAUGAUCAGGGUGAUCUUUCUUACGAAGAGGCCAUGAACAAACAAACCAUCAGCAAUGGUUUCAAACGCUUCGAGGAGGAAGGUAUUAUCCAGGUCAUUCGGACCCGAGACACUCAGAUCCCACCACGGUUACGCAUCGCUCCCGAGUGGAGGCCCGGACGGGACGAGAAAACAGGUAGUCUUCUCGAGAGCGGCCGUUUCUGGGAUUUCGUCUCACGUAUCUCCGUGAGCAGAAGAGAGGGGAAGGAUCGACGCGACGGGCCAACUGUCAACCGCAGAGUUUUGGCACACACUGACAGUCUGGGGCAUCAACUCUUCAUGGAGGCGGUUCAGGCGCAGACUGAAGAAGAGCAGGGGAAGAAGUUCCAACUGGCGCCUGCGCGCCUGACUGCUGAAGAGAAACGGAGCUUAGAGCAGUCUAUCAGGGAGCAGAGGAGGAGAAGGAAGAGCUCGCGGGCUCGGUUGUAG